AAAUUAAUUAAGAACAUUUUCCCAAUUUCCAUCACAAAUCAGCCUAAAGACGUUAAAACUCAUUUUUACAAGACACAAAUGAAACAUGCAUACAGCAUUGAAUUUUGCAAUGAAUUUGCAAAUGAAUAUGAUGAACUUUCAAUACCAAAAAGCUGGGACAAACAGGUUAUUUUGGUCCCAGCAAAAAGAUAAUCUAUAAAAAGCGCUUUGCAAUUUCGAGAAAGUUUCCAAUUUGUCAGAAAAGUCAUUUUCUCGAAUGGGUCAAAGAAUCUCUUAAACUUUCUCAUUGCAUAAAUUUAUCUAAAUUUAAAUGUGAUAAAAAUGCGGCAAAAUAAUUAAUCACCAAAUCCAUAUCAAAUCCUUACAUUCUUGAAGUAAGAAAGUUGCGUCAAAACGUAAAAUGGUGGCGCGAAAUAAAAAGGGUCACUAUACAAUUUUUCUUACUUGAUUAAUUACAAGUUGUUUUACGUACGUAGAGCUUUAUUUAUAUUGAAAAGUGAAAUGUCGUCGUCGCCGCCGGCAUAUUUGGUCCUUUAAAGGUACGAUAUGUUUCAGAAAUGCUUAAAUUUAUUUUAUUUCUCAAAAGUUUCUUAUUUUUGAAAUAUUGGCGUGCAGCUUUAAAGCAAUAACUACUUUCCACAUGACUUCUCUCGUGUGUAAUUAUGAUUAAAAAAGAACAUGGCAUUUUUAAAUAUUUCGUUUUAUUUCAAAAUUCUAAGAUCUUAUCAUGCAAUGGUAAUGUUUUCAUAGAAAAAAACCCGUUCUGAUAUAAUACACAAAAUGAAAAUGGCCUAUUUUUGUGCAAUUCUAUAUGAUAUUCAUGGCAUUUUAAAUACAAUAAAAAUGUAUUACGAUUUUUUUUCUCCAGAGUUGUAAGAUCUUAUCAUGCAAUGUUAAUGUAUCACUGAAAAAAACUUGGUAAGUUCUGAUCUAAUAAACAAAAUGAAAAUGUCCAUAUAUGUGCAAUUCUAUACUAUAUUCUUGAAGGGAACCUAUUCUUCAAACAUCUUUGACUGCUCAAAGGCUGUGAUAGUUGCAACAUUUUUCUAAUUUAUGUCUCUUUGAGUUUUUUGAUCUAGGAACCGAAUCAAACGUAUCUCAUUCCAGUUAAUAGAUUGCCAUCCAUUGUUCAAGAGACCGAGUGACGAAUCAUUUGAUACUGUGACAAUAAGAGGAUUACUCCGUCAAUAGUCUUUUACGUUAAGUGGAGUAUCUUCUUGGUAAAAACCAGCCCAUAGAUUUUCUUCUCCACUAUAACGCAAUGUUGAAGAUAUCCGUCUUUCUCGACCUAUUACUCUCCGACGGCAGUUUAGCGGGAGAAGAUGUCUUUCCGGAACUUCAUUUUGAUAAUCGGCGCCCUUCAUGCGAAGACGAUUGGCUUGUCGAUGGCCGGCGAGACCGGCAAAGUCCCGAUGUAUGUCUGGCCUCUUGCGAACGUCUCUUUAUACAGUGACGUUAUUGGCACACAAGACGUCAUUCAUGACAAAGAUCAAAUAUGUUUUAUGUUUGUAAAUGGACCGGAAGGUUUACCAUAUUCUGUACUUGACAUUGACGAUGAGGACAAUUCAUGCUUCGAUGCUAAUCUUAAAGGAACAGCGCCACUUCGUGAUAUGACAAUUUCGAUGUUUGUAUUUCCAGACAACGACGAGGAUGAUAUUAGUGGAACAAUGAUACAUUAUCAGUCAGAUGAUCGUGAAAUAUUGCGUAUUCGGGCUCUCGCGAAUACCUUCCUGGUCUCAUUUAGAGACGAAUACGGUAUGAGUGCAGGUAUGAUGUACCUCGUGAACUUUCUCACACCACGUGCAUGGAACCACGUGACGGUAUCACGAGUUUUUCCAACAGGAAGAAUAAUUGUGUACAAAGAUGGAGUGGAAAUGUACAACCAAGAUGACGAAUUUUCUGACGUCAUCAGUUUUCCACACAUCGGAAAACUUCGGAUCGGAAAAUCCCAAGAUCCAGAUGACGAGGCAAUAUUUAAUGGGCAAUUUGCAUGCGUUCAGAUAUAUGAUAAAGUGAUCGACGAAACCAAUCAAAAGGAUAUUCUAAGUUACUGUAAACCUGAAAACUGGAAGACACAGCAUGAUUACUAUUUCGCACAAAAUGACGGAAAAUGGUGUUUAGCUGAUCGCCCAUCCAAUGAGGACGUUUCCUUGGUGACCAUGACAAUUUUGACGCGCGGGUCACUAUGGAAACAGUUUCUGCAGCAGAAUGAUAUACAAGACAGUGGUAGGAAGAGCGGUUACUUGAAGCUUUCUUCGCGGGACAAAAUACCAUCUGUAAACGAUGAUCUGAUUGGCCAAUUUAAUGUUACAGACACUAAAGUUUGUGUCCGGCUUUGUAUGCGCGUGGACAGAUGCAUGUCCGCGUUUGUUGAUGCGCCAGAAACAAAUGGAACGCAAAAGUGCGCUAUUUAUGACGACAUACCUACAACGUUUGUUGACCGUCCCGGCGCAAAGUUUUAUGUACUAACUGACUAAUAGAGAUCUAAUCAGUUAAAGCGUAAGGCAGAAGAGUAUAAAAUCAAAAUAAAAACAAUAAGCCAACAGUAGCAUAGGCAUUGUUAUGUAGCAUUUUGUAUAAAAACUCUCUUUUUUUCAUAUUUCUUAGAAGUGUUACCCGAGUAGAUAACUCGUGGUAUAAAACAUAUUAUUUUUGCAUAGAAUCUAUUUUUCCAAGCCUCUGUCAACAAUCAUCACUAUAGUGUUCAAGCUCAGAAUCGGCCAAACUAGUAACUGGUCGACGAGUCACCACAAGAGUUUAUUUAUUUUAAUUUUGGUCAAACUUUCCGAGUUUCAACUCUUACAAUUCAAGUGCUCCGAUUCUAAGUUUGUUCCUAGAAAUUUCAAAGCAUAUCUUUAAAACAGUUAUUAAGGAUUUUCCCUCAUACUAGUAAUAUAACCUUAAAAUAUCUUUAUCAUUAACAUUGUUUCCAGAGGACAUUUAGCGUUGAGCUAUAAGGAAAAACGUAAGUGACAGCUGCAUGUUACAAUAAGAUUUACUAGCAUGUUAACCAAUACUGUAGAUCAAUAUCAAUGGUAAUAUUUCUUCAAAGAACUGAACGCCAUUCUCUUACAUUUCAAGGCAGUGUGCCUACAAAUUCAUGCAAUCUUAUUUUAUUUCUUAUAUAAAAAUCUUUCCGUCUUUUAGAAAUUAUUGUCAUUUGUACAAAUAAAGACUUCAAAUACGAGGUAUCUAAUUUGUAUAUAUACACAAGUACACUCUAUUUCCUUUACAUGGAACUGCAUGUUCAAAAAGCCUGGAAAACCCUGAGAAUGUACCAAGAUUUAAAGAAAAUGUA